AUGUCCAUUCGUACUGUCGGUAUUGUUGGCACUGGCGUGAUUGGAGCAUCGUGGACCGGUCUCUUUCUCGCUCAUGGCCUGCGUGUGAUUGUUGCAGACCCGGCACCUGGCGCAGAGGAGAAACUGGCGUCCUAUUUGGAGAGUAUCUGGCCUGCGCUAGAGACCAUGGACUCAUCCGGUGUGCCACAAGCUGAUUCGGACUCUCCAUACAGCGCUUCUCUUUCGAACUACCAGUUUGUAGGCGCGACUCUAGGCAGACACUACAAAGACGUGGACUUUUUGCAAGAGAAUGCGCCCGAAAGGACAGAUCUUAAAACCAAACUUCUUGCCGAGAUCGACGCGGCUGUUCGACCAGAUGUUGUCAUCGCCUCUUCAUCUUCAGGAAUUCCAAGCUCGAAAUUCAUCAGCCAAUGUCAGCACCCUGAACGAGUACUCAUUGGCCACCCGUUCAACCCACCCCAUCUCAUGCCACUUGUAGAAGUCGUCCCACAUUCAAACACAAGUGCGUCAGCUAUCUCGAAUGCAAUGGACUUUUACGAGUCCGUGGGACGGCGUCCUGUUCACAUCAAAGAGGAAGUACCCGGUUUUGUCGCCAACCGUCUUCAAGCUGCCCUUUGUAAUGAGGCAUACAGCCUAGUGGCUCGUGGUGUAGUCACCGCCCAGGACCUUGACGCUUGCGUCACUACUAGUCUGGGGCCUCGGUGGGCCAUGGUUGGGCCAUUCCUGGCGAAUGCAAUGGGAGGAGGCGGUGGCAGUGAAGGGUUUAAGCACCUUCUCGAGCAUCUAGGACCUGCAAGCCGAAUCUGGGUUGAGGACAUGCAGGAACACAAGUUCGACUGGUCACAGGAUAGCAUUGAUGCCUUAGGUUCAAGCGUUUCCGACGAGCUUCAAGGUAAAGACGUCCAAGAGCUCGAGCAAAAGCGGGAUAACGACCUCGUCAAAUUCUUCAAGAUUAAGGGCGUGAGGCGUACAAGCUUCCAUGGUAUUGCGCUUUAA